UAAUUAACAGGUGAAAAUGUUAGAAAUACGAACAUGCGGCUAAAAAUAGUGAAUACUAUCGUUUCCAACCAAUUUCCAUCGUCGAAGACUUUUGUCAUGGCACCAGAAAGAUGUGCCUCUGCAAAAGACUUGUUGAAGAAAUUCUACCAUCUUCAGGAGGAACGCGUACAGUCCUAUGCAUUAUUUGAGGAAGGUUUUCAAGGCUACUUGAAAGGCAAGCCCAACUACAACUUUCCCCUGUUCAGGCAACUGGUGCAUGAGAUCACCGAGACAUUCCAGAACAUUUCACAGGACAUUAUAGUAUUGAAGAAGGAAAUGGCAGAAAUCCAUCAACAGAAUCUUCUAGCAGACUGCAUUGAUAACAUCCAACAACAGGAAAAGGAUAAACUAGAAGUUGUUGCCCAGUUGCAGUUAUUGCGUCAAAAAGUGCAGGACUUUCCCAAUGACGAAAACCAUGAAGAGGUUAAAGAGAAAAAAGUGAGGUUGCAGCAGAUCAAUAACAAUAUAUGUUCACAUAUGGAGGACCUCAAGUAUGAAGCUCAAGAUCUCUACCAUUGAAUCCAUUACGAGCUACCACAGCUUGUAUCACUGCCAACCGACACCUUGUCUUUACACUAGCCACAUCACUGACUGAAGCUGGCAUGGUUAUAUAUCUCUGACUGUCAACACCAUGUCAUGCUAUUCUGGUCAAGCCUACCACUGAGAGCUAAGGCUAUACCAUUGCACAAGCUAAUACCACUUACAAUUGCAAAUACUGUAUCAUCUCAUUGUUUUGUAUCGCUGAUGUUAUACCCUACUAUCAGGCUUAUAUAUAUAUAUAUAUGUAUAUAUAUAUGUAUAUGGGAGGGUAAUUUAUUAUUAAUAAACACAUGCACUGAUUUA